AUGGCGAACGUUCGGGAUAGUGACACAUCUUUGUGGCUCCACAAUAAACUCGGAAUAUCGAACGAUUCGUGGACUACCGGCUCUAUUUGUACACAGUUGAAUGCUGAAGUUCUAAAAAAUAUCAAGGACUGUUUUCCAGAUUUGCAAACACAAGUGAAAUUGAAAUUAUUGCUAAGUUUCUUUCAUAUCCCGCGCAGAAGUGUUGAAGAGUGGAAAAAUGAGCUGGAAGAGAUUAUCGAAGUUGCCGCAGUGGACUCGGACCUCUGGGUGGCUAUGCUUGCUGAAGUCCUCAAAACGUUUCCCUCAUCGGGUACGCUCAACACCGAGAUAGCAGAGUUCGAUGAGACACGGCCUGUAUUCAGUGACAUGAUUGCGGAACUACGACGAGCUUUGGCCAAACAUUCGGACCUAGGACUGUUGCCUUUGGAAUGCCUAUAUCUUAACAAGAAUGCUUUAGUUUCGGUGGUGGGCCAACAAGCGAACCCAGUGAAGCAUUUCACGUUGAAACGUAAGCCGAAGUCGGUGGCUUUGCGGAGUGAACUUCUAGCCAAAGCAGCGGAGGUGCAGGCCAACCAGAAGAAGGCAGCUGCUCCUACUGUCCCUGUCCGCAGCAGAGGCAUGCCGAGGAAGAUGACAGAUACCACCCCUCUGAAGGGCCUCCCGUCCCGCUGGGCGGGGCGCUCGGCCCCGCGGCCGCUGGCGGCGCCCCCCCGCGCUCCGCCCCGCGCCGGCAUCAAGCUGCUGGACAUCACCGAGCAACCCGCCACUCACGCGCAGAUUAAGAAGAGGAGGAAACUGGAGAUGGAGGAGGGUCAGAAGAAGCAGCCCCCCGCGCCGCCCGCGUCCCCCCCGCCCGACUACGCCAAGGGGCUCAACAACUACCAGAUGCCGAAGCCAGAGGAGACUCCGAAUACGCUGCCCGCGGGCUCCCCGACGGAGGCGGCGCCGGCGCCCGCCGCGCCCGAGCCCGACCCGCCCGUGCACAACCCCAUACUGCUGCACCAGAGCCCUGGUGGCAAGGGUAUUGUGGUUGGCCAACAACCGAAGCUGGUGGUCGCGUCCCAGCCGGGCGGCAAGCCUGUACUGCUGACGGCUAGUGGACUGCUCAACUCUGCCGUCAUACUGCAGCCUGGAGGGAAGGCUGUGCUACUGCAGAACAUCAAGCCGGUGUGCGGGGCGGCCCCGCCGGCGGCCCGCGGCGUGCCGCUGCCGGCGCUGGCCGCCGCGCCCGCCGCGCCGCCGCUGGCGCACGCCCUGCAGGUGCCCGCGCCGGCGCCGGCGCCCGCCCCCCCGGCCGCGGCGCCGCCCCCGCAGCCGCUGCUGCCGCGGCGGGGACUCUCCCUCACUCGCGAACAAAUGUUGGAAGCACAAGAUAUGUUCCGCAACGCCAACCGCGUGACGCGGCCGGAGAAGGCGCUCAUACUUGGCUUCAUGGCUGGCUCCAGGGACAACCCGUGUCCUAACUUAGGCAACAUCGUGACGAUAAAACUAUCAGAAAACAUAGAGAAUGUUCUGCAAUCAGACGACACAUAUCUCACGAUGCUCUCAGAAAUGCAUUUCCAAAUGAACUAUAACAACGGCCAAUGGACACGACUGAAAAAAUACAGGCACAUAGACGGAAUGGUGCCUCAAAAAAUACCUCCAGGCUCCACAGUGAUCUCAGCCAAUAACCAACAGCCGGUCGUCUCGAUAGCCAAUCAGAGCGUCAGUUAAAAAUGGCGGGAACCUAGCUACUUUAUAAAGGACACUUUCAGUUUGUUGUAUUUGAUGUUUAGUGAUGUGUGCCUCGGAAAAUACCUUCGACCAAGUGCGCCAUUUUUUUUCAAACGGUAAGAUUUUUUUAGGUUAUAAAGACAGAUUUAGUUUGUUGUUUUUUUUAUUAUAGUUUUUUUAAUAGUAAAAAGAAUAUUGCGCCAUUUUUGGAUUAAAUAAGUUAACGGAUGCCUAAAAACUGCUUUUAGACCAACUGCUAGAUUUAUUGUCAAUUUGGGAUGAAAAUAAGUUUUUUUUUAUAUAUAUUAAAUAAUAUGAUGUGUGUAUGGAAAUGAGUCUUAAACUUGAAAUUAUGAUUGUUGAAGUAGUUUGAAAAUGACAUUUUUUUACUUAUUUUAUCGUGAGCAUAAAUUUCAUUCUUUAAUAGUAACAUUCGUAAUUUCUCUUUCGAUUUACUUUGAAACGGUAUUACGUUAAAACUCGGGCGCAUUAACCUUAAGUUGUAUUAAGCCUUUACAAUAACUAAAAAAACCUAUUUUCCCUUUUCUAAAAUCAUAUCCACAUACAUACAUAGAUUCAUGUCCCUAAACCCUAUCGCGAUGGGCAGAGCCACAAGUUACAGGUCUAUUUUACUUGGUCUAUUUUAAUAUUUUACUUGGAAUAAAUAAAAUGUAUCUUAGAUAAUAAAUAAUAUAUAUACAGCUGUAAUAUGCAAUAACUUAUGCCUCAGACGGCUUUCAUACUGCGUUACAAGUAAGUUAUAAUAUUCAUAUCUACAUGUCAAUAUUUUGAGCAAAUUCCUAAGCCUUUAGUUGAAAGUUGAAAAAGUCACGGGUAUGUAUAUAAUUUAGUAAUGAAAAAAAGUAAUGAAUUUGAAAACCUUCGACCAAUCGUGCUAAUUAUUGCUUGGAGUAUGUAGUAGUAAUUAAGGAUCGUUUAAUAAUUGUACGAAUGCCAAAAUUUGUAGAAGGAAAAAUCCUACUAGGACCUAA